AUGUCAGGGGCUCUCGGGCGUGGAUCGUACCGCUCUGUCGUGGCGGGGACGCGUAAUGUGCCAAAGCGCAUGACAUUUUACCCCUGUGCGUACGAGUUGAUACAACUCCACAAGGUUCAUAGGGAGGUGAUACGCCACUUCUACGUUAGGGACAAGAUUUUUGACAAUAAGUUCCCAGGCACGGCACUGGCAAAUGGCUUGUUUAAAUUCGUCCCUAACCGACGUGAGGCGUAUCACAUGCGUGAGGUGAUGGAGGCUAUUCGCCGCCGCUCAAUAUUAAUGCAUCGUGUUCAGCAACAACAGGCGAUCAAUGCCAAAGUAGUAGAGGAGUUGGAAGAGGAGCAUGGCAAGGCGUCGGCAGCGGCUAUGCUGCACUUCACCACACCUGAUUCUGAUGCCUACUUUAACCCACAGCAGUACCAAAGUGUUGCGAAUGCAUGGCCAAACUACUGGCAACACCCUAGCGUUGCACACGUGGUGCCCAAACCCCGUUGGCGUCGUGUGCCAGAGCUUGGCGGCAUCACACGCGUGCAAGACCCGCUGGCGGAGCAGGCGAACGACUACUAG